CGAAAUUGACAUCGAUUUUAGUUGAUUUAGUUUCAUUUUAUGUGAAAAAAUCCAUUUCCUUGAUGAAAAUAAGUAAAACCAUCCAUUGAUUCCAGCUUAUUAUGCAACUGUCGAAUUUCGCAAAGAUUGGAAUAGGUUGGACACUAGCGGUUGGGGUUGGACUCUACGGAUUCAUUGCAUCGAAAAGUUCCAUUGACAAGAGACGCUAUCAGGAUAUGAAAAUCCGUGAACGUAUGCGUCAAUCGAACGUUGGUGAUUACGAACGCAGUGAACGAAGAUUUUAAACGGGAAUAGCUGUACAGUCUUGUU